GGACGCAAAUCCUUACAGGUCAUGGCUUAUAUCUGUGGUCCAGAAAGUCAUGGUACUGUUCAAGGUACUUUUAGUUAGUCCAUGGACUGUAAAAGUUUUGGGAAAACAGUUGUUCUCGGGCUAAAAUCUCGAAAUUGGCGAAAUGCAACAGGAAUGUACCAAUUCUUAGUAUUGAUCAUCACGAAUCAUUCUAGCAUUAAAGUUGGGAUUUGUAAUACUCACUGAGUUGCGCCACCGAAGUAUCAAUCUACGUCAAAAAAUAAUGUUCGUUUCAGUAUAAAGCACUUAUACUGCUUAUCCCAAGAAUGAUUCUCUGUUAAUAACAAUCAAGAUGAUCACAACACAAAUCGAGAUAGAUGCCUCGCCAGAGACCGUCCGAAAAGUGCUUCUAGAUUUUCCCAAUAUUGAUGAAUGGCACACUGGAUUUGUGAAGAGUAUCACACCUUUAGACACCGAUGAUCCCCUUGCCAUCGGCAAAAAACUUCAUUGCGUCAUGCAAGACUUUGAAUUCGAUUCUAUUAUCACCGAAAACUCUCCAAACAAAUUUGCAUGGCAAGGUCCACCUGUUAUGACGGUUUCCGGUCUCCAUUCGUUUCUUAUCGAACCGAGUAACAGUAAUCCUGGAGGUACUACUUUCACACAGGUGGAAGAAUACUCUGGAGGUAUUUCUUUCUUGAUGCGGCCUUGGCUUCUGGGGAAACCUAUCAAAGGCCAAUUUGAGAAAUAUAAUACGGAUCUGAAGAAAAGAUGUGAGAACCUUUGACAGGCAAUUUUGUUCUACAGAUAGGAUGGAUUUGAGAAGGGAAUAAACUGUUUUAA